UCCUGCCCUUCUGUCCCGCCAGGUGCUAAGGAAAGCUGAACGCCCUGUCCGGCCUCCCCCAUGGUGGGGUUUGGCAGCAACCGAAGGGGUGGCCGCCUCCCCUCCUUUCUCUUCGUGGCGCUGCUGCUCGUCAUUGUGGUUCUCGCCUUCAAUUACUGGAGCUCCUCAUCCCGCCAGACUGUCCUGCAGGAGGAGGUGGCUGAACUGCAGGGCCAGGCCAAGCGCGGCGAUGUCGCCCGGGGGCGCUUGGAGAAGCGGAAUUCGGAGCUCUUGCUCCAGGUGGAGUCCCACAAGAAAUACCUGGAGCAGAAGGAAGCCGACCACAGCCAUUUGAACAGUCAGCUCCAGGCCAAGGAUGGCCAGAUUAGGAAGUGUGAAGAUAGCAAGGUCAAACUUCAGAGCAACAUAUCAUACCAAAUGGCAGACAUACAUCGCUUAAAGGAGCAACUUGCAGAACUGCGUCAAGAAUUCCUACGACAAGAAGACUAUCUUCAUGAAUACAAGAAAAACAAUACACAACUUCUUAAAAGAUUGGAAUAUGAAAGUUUUCAAUGUGGGCAACAGAUCAAAGAAUUAAGAAUACAACAUGAAGAAGAUAUGAAAAAAUUGGAGGACCAAGUUAUACAGGACCAGAAGCAGACUACACACAGGAGCCAGUUCAUCCAAGACAUUGAGAGAGGAUUGAGUGAGAGUCCAAAAAUACUGAAGGCAACUCAAAAACUGAAUGAAAUUAAGAAUGAAACACCAUCAACCAACAAUAUAUCAGAUGGCAAAGAAAAGAUUAAACCUGGGGAUGAUGCAGGCAUGCCUGGAAUAGAAGAGAAUGACCCUGCCAAAGGUGAAGAUACACUCACUGCUUUGAAGAAGACACUUUUUUCAACUUCUCAAAAUCAGCAUCAGCCCGGUGGAAAUCUUCUCACAGAAAAACCCCAUUCUUUAAAUCUGGCUCCAGGUGUAAAUGAGGGUAAUGCUGAUAUGAUAAAUCAGGUACCACCAAACUACCUUCAGCGUGCAAUUCCUGUUCACACGUUGGACAUUCAGAAAACAGAAAAAGAGCUUGUAAAACAGGCUUCCAAGGACAGAGUCAGCGACUUUCAGAGAAUGAAGCAAAGCCGGUUCUUUGAUGAGAACGAAUCCCCUGUCGAUCCUCAACACGGAUCUAAGCUGGCAGAUUAUAAUGGGGAUGAUGGGAACGUGGGUGAGUAUGAGGCAGACAAGCAGGCUGAGCUGGCCUACAAUGAGGAAGAGGAUGGUGAUGGUGGUGAAGAAGACGUCCAAGGUUGGAAAGAAGAAAAACCCAAGAAAACUCGCCCAAUUUUCUGUUUUGGAGGGGUCUAAUGGGCAAAAUGGGUCAUUAUGCCUUUAACUCUCAAACCAAGAUGGGGGCUGAGAAAUCUGGACCCACUUACUGCUUUGAUAUCACAGUAUUGCUGGCCAGCUGCCCCCCCCCCCUCCGCCAGUCAGGGCAUGAAAAGAAAAGGGCAGCUCUUUGCAGCGAAGUGUUCAUUGAUGUCUCCCCCUUCCCCUUCCCCAUUUGUAGGUUCUUUGAGAACUAAAGGUUGGUUUUCCUUGUUCCCUGCAGAUGAUGAGGAGAGGGACCUCCAAAUGGAUCUUGUAGACUAUGGGAAGCCACGCUUUAACAAUGUACUUUAAAGCCCAAAUUACUUUCAUCAGAGAAAUCCUGCAAGCUUUCAGGGGUUGCUGCGAAAGAUUGAGAAGACUAUAUGCAGUGCGCUGUUUAAUGUGAAACCAUGGCAGCAAAAGGUAAAAUGCAGUGAUGUGCGUACAGCGGGUUCUGGCCCCUUGCAGACAGACAAGAGAUGGCUUAUCCUACAAGCUGAGGAGGGGGUUAGAGUUACUGGACUGGGCUGCAAGACUGUUCUUUAUCUGUAAUCUUUGCGUUAAUAAUUAACAUUGCAAAAUAAUUUUACAUGUUUCUGAAAUAAAGUGAACAUGUACAGUUUGUAUUUCA